UGGUUGGUUGCUAAAAAUAAGACCAUUGUCAUAAGAUUUACACUCAGUAUAUAAUUUCUCGGAAUAGCAAACACAAUACAACAAACAGAUGUGCUUGGUCGAUUUCGUUAUCGUUUUCGUAUAAUCUUCCAGUUUUCGAUGGCGUCUUUCUUGACAGACCUCAAAGAACGCACAACUUGCCCGAUUUGUAAGGGCACAUACACCAACCCGAAGCUCAUUGUGUGUCUCCAUACGUUCUGUUGUGAGUGCUUGGAGAAACACGCAGCAGCCAGCCAAAGAAGAGGAAAGUUUCACUGCCCCGAGUGCGAGUGUGAAAUUGCCGUCCCUGAAGGAAAUCGUUUUGAUCAUUUGCCGACCAGCGCUCUCCACAACAAUUUGUUGAGUCUUUCCGCUGUUCUACAAAGCGGCGAUGGAAGUGAAGUCGUCUGUGGCAAUUGCAAGAAAACGAGCGCCGAGACCAGCUAUUGUUUUGAUUGUGUGAGAUUUAUGUGCCCUGUUUGUUUGAACGCACACGAACGACUCAGAAGUUUUGCGUUUGAAGGACACAAAGUCACGUCAUUGAAGCAAUUUGGAGAAGACGACUACGAUGCUUUUCUAAGGCGGAAUUCCUUUUGCUCUGAGCGGAAUCACGAGGAAGAAGUAGCGAAUUUUUACUGCCUUGACUGCCAGCGUUGUAUUUGUCGAACUUGCAUAAACACGAAUCACAACAACCAUCAUGUGGAUCUGCUUGAAAAGGUAGCUGACAAAGAGAGAGCCAAAAUCAUGGCGGGAGUCGAGUUGCUGAAGGAAAAGAAAAAAGCUUAUCUGGAUAUGAUACGUGACCUCGAGGAACAAGCUGCUGAGAUCGAAGCUAAGUUCGCCGCCGCUAAACUAGAAGUUUCCCAGGCAGCCGAUGAAAUGAUCGCAGAGGUUCGUGCCCGCGAGCGUGAAACCAUUAGCGCCCUCGAUGCCUUCGAGAAUUCUCGCGAUAAACUGAACUCUUCAAAGAAACGCAGUCCUUGACCAAACGAAUCAACCAAGCAGUCGAAUUUGUUCAUAAACAGGUUUAUUGGGAAGCUCAAGAACAAUAAAGCAGCAGGAAUUUGGAACAUGCAGCGAUUUCAGGAUCUUAAAAAAGCAGGGGGAGGGAUAGGUGAGGGAAAAGAGGAAAAAAGGUGAAACACAUCGAAGGGCUCUGUAUUAAAACGCAAUUGGUGUAUAUCUCGGGGCUGAUUAACUUUUUAAACCACAAUCGCGCAUUUGAGCUGAACUUUUGCAAAUUUAAGGGUCGUCAUGAAAACGCCACUAACUAAAACAUAAACUAACCGCUUUGCAAGUUUCUCCGUCCAGACCUUGUCGUCCACACACCCGAAAUCCGAUCUUAACAGUCCUAGCCGCAUCACUUAGUUCAUUAAUUUGUAAAGGUAGUCCCUUUGUAGUACGCAGUCCACCUUGGUUUUACCAGCAGCAAUAUAAGCAUGCGCAAAGUUAAAUGUUUCCUUUUAUAGUGACCCAAAACUUUACUGAGAACCAAAGUUACAAGUCUCCCUUUGUCAUCUUGCUGAGUAGGACAGAAAUGGAGCGAGAUUCGUCUCCUUCGAUUUUUUUAUCUUGUACUUUCGAUUUUUUGUCUUGUAUUUUCGAUCUUUUGUCUUGUAUUUUCGAGUUUUACUCUUCUAUAUUCGAGUUUUUAUCUUGUACAUUCGAGUUUUUGUACUGUAUAUGCUUUCGAGUUUUUAUCCUGUAUUUUCAACCUUUUAUCUUGUAUUCAGUAUCUUGUAUAUAUCUAUAUAUUGUUAAUAUCUAUAUGUUUUAACCAAUUUACCCUACGAGCAGAGGCGGUUCGAUUGGUUCGUAAAGUCGGGAAGAGGUCAUCUUCCUCUUUCCCCACCUACCAGGAACUGAUCGAAGCGACUGUGCUCACUCACAGGGUAAACUAAUUUAAGCAUUUUAUUAGAAUAUUUAGAUUUUGCAUAUUUGUUUACAAUGCAUUUUAUAGUGUUCCAUUUAGUGUUCUUCUUGUUUACUGACAUUCAAGUAUCGAUACUUAGAUAAAGGUAUUCAUUCAUUCCGUAACUACAUGUAAAGUAACAAUAAUGUACUAGUGUUUAUUGCUGACUUUUAAUAAAAUGAGAUUAUGCGAGCAUAUUGACUGAGGGUCCACCCACAAUGAAUUAGAAUUAUUUUAAUGUAUGGCUUAACAACGUACGAUUAGUAUCACGUGAUUUAUACUCUUUUCAUGUAAAAGAAAUUUCAGUAGAACCUGAAUACGUUAUUUGUUAAGUGCCAGUGGGACUGAAUUAUGCUUAUUCCCUUUCACUCCCUGUGGAACGUAGGUCCAUGGAAACUGACCGCCAUCUCCUUCUGUUUUGGGCCAGCUUCUCGAUAUCUUUCCAAGUGUAGCCUGCCUUUGACGCGCCAUUGUCCACGGUUCUCCUCCAGCUGUUUCUAUGACGAUCUUGGUUUCUCUUUCCCUGUGGGUUCCACCUCAGUCCACGCCUGGUAACAUUGCUGGUCGGUUUUCUUAGGGUGUGCCCAAUUCAACCCCACUUGCGCCUUCUAAUCUGGAUGCUGAUUCGUUCUUGUUCCUCCCUUCUCUCAGUGUAUGCCCAUGAUGGACCGUAAGCAUUUGUUGACAAAGGACUGCAAUUUGUUGGAGGUUGCUUUUGUUACUCUCCAUGUCUCUGACCAGUGCAUACAAGAGGACGGAUUUCACGUUGUUGUUUAACAUCCGUAGUUUCGUCUUUCUGGAUAUCGUUUUAGACUCAGAAUUGUGAAAGCAGUUCUCGCUUUCCAGAUCCUCAGUUGGAUGUCCCGAUCACACCCGCCAUCCAUAUUGAUGUUGCUGCCAAGGUAGGCAAAGUCUUCCACUUCGCCGAUUUCUAGCUUCCCUAUCCAGUCCUAGCCCGUCUAAAUUUGUGGUGUUAAUCCUCAUCCCCUUUGUCUCCCCUUUGUAAACGAGAGAGUUCUACUCGAGCGACUGCUCCAAGAUGAUCCUCAAGGUGGCAAUGUGAUCUGUACACGACCUUUCCUACCAAAACCCAGCUUGCUCAUCCCGCAGUCGUCUGUCCACUACUACUUUCAGUCUCUCCAGGAUUAUUCUGUUCAACACUGACUUUUCGGCAGCUGAUAACAGCAUGAUGCCUCUCCAAGUCUUACAUUCCCUUAAGUCUCCCUUCUUUGGUAGUUUGAUCAGGUAGCCUUCUUUCCUGUCAUCCGUAGAGCAUCAGCUCGUAGAGCAUCUCUGUCGAGGUCCUGGAUGGCUUCUGGUGGUAUGUCAUCGGGUCCUGCAGCUUUGCCAUUUUUCAGAUGCUGGAUGGCUCUCCUGAUCUCUGCUUUACUUGGCCUGUUCUCAUUGACCUGUAAAGAUUUGUUGGCUGCUUCUAUAUCAGGCAUCUCGCUUGGUGGAGGUCUAUCGAGCAGCGUUCUUAAGUGUUCUGCCCACCUCCUUCUUCUUCUUGAAUUAAAGCCUAAUAACUGAGCCUUGCCUGAGCCGUGAUAUUCCUUAGGCCCAGUUCAGACGUCGUGCUUCUGCCUUGCCGAACUUAAUUUCAAUUAGGUUCGACUGUACAACGGCAAAAACACGACUCUGAUUCAGCCGUCGUGCCAGAGUCGUACCAAAUUCAGUACUUACUGAGGCCACGUCAGCUCCCCGCGAAAGCGCAAUUCUCCAAAAUACAUUAACAUAAUUUAUGAAUUUUGUCUGGCGCGGCAGAAGCCCUACCAGAGCCGCGUGUGGCACGGCAGAGCUUGUCCAAAUUAAUUGCUUAUCGAUCGCAGGCCGUGCUUCUGCCGUGCUUUUGUAUUUAGUCGGCACGGCAGAAGCACGACGUCUGAACUGGGCCUUGGCCUCCUCUCGGAAUUUUAUCGAAUGAGAAAAAGCUACAGCUCUAGACAAACCUAGUGGCACAUUAUUUCCAUCUCUCUCUCCCCCCGUCACAACACCUAUAAGUUUCUAGUUUCUUUUAGGUCUUCUCGUCACUUUAGGAUAUAUUCUUGUUGUGUGGUAAAUAAGAGAUAUAUAAACUGUUGACUAUGCAACAAAAUUAGUCUUAAAGGGGAUAGGGAGAGGCAACUUUAAAAUCUUUACUGUAAGCACUGAAAAUUAGCUCCAGCAAAGUUAUGAUACAAGUAUAGCUCUUGGCUAGUUAUUUACAUCAUAUUGGUUAUCAUUGGAAAUCUGUGAGGUAGACGUUUUGAGUGUUACCCUUUAAUAUUCACCAAUUCCCACCGUGAGCAUUUAAGCUACUUUUGCUUGGGGUCCAGUAAGCAUCAGCAAGAUGACUGACUUGUCUGCAGGCGUCGUUGCGUAGAAAAAGGGGCCCAGGCUGCUUGAUAGUCUCGCGCCGCCUGUUUAGCGCGCCCAUUUUGCGGGUCACAACGAGAGACGUCUGUGUCGAGGCGGAGCAAGACCAGUCCUUUAUUUUGAAUCCUUUAUCUCCAGAAAGAGGAAAGGAGUACUGCUAUACCACGGGUAAGUCUUGAUGUACGAUCAAAUUCUCAGAAUUAAGAUAUAGAAAAAUGCAAAAAAUCUGAAGGGGAAAUUCAUUAUUUCUGUUACAGGAAGGGUACGGUUAACACAAUCAUAAAAGGCGCGCGUGGCGUGGUUCGACGUCGUGCUCUGAGGAAAGACACUUCAGUACAACUCACAUAAGAAGGGUAUCGUUGACCUGUAGGAGUCUCAAUCCAGCUAGCGCUAUUUUCCCUGAUCCACUAUACCGAAAAAAGAUGGGGACUGGUUCGAUUCACCCGUUAUUGUUAGCGCACAAAAACCCUAACAACGCUCAAAAAAUACAGAAACGUUCCAAACAAUUCAAACCAAACAUACACGACGUUGCUAAUAAGGAAACAAUAUUGCAACAAAGGACCUUUUUUACAUACCUAAUGGAUCAUUCCCGAAUUACCUUUAACCUCUUUCACAAAGCGAGUCUUGGUGCCCAUCCUUUCCUAUGAAAAUGAGAUUUCAUUCACAUGCAAGUUAAACUCAAUUUCAUAUAAAUGGUUGUUGCACCAGGCCUCGCUUUGAUGGAGAGGCUUAGGUCAGCUCGGAAUGGGAUGUGACAGGUUCGCUGGGUGUGGUAAAAGGUACAGUCGCCAGCUUUUUCCCGCAGUGGAGUACUGCCGAACAGCUGAACAGCAGACUAUCAGGAUAAAAAUUGAUAUGCAUAUGCACUAGGUUCGUAUUUAACUGUGCUGGCAGCUAAAUUAAAUGACACCAAGAAUUCACCAUCAAUUCAUUUUAAACUCGUUUAUAUUUAAUAAAAUAUCUUAUCUUAUACUUACUACACUGGCACGAAUUUCAUUACCUGCCUAUUAAAAGCUAUUGCUUAAAGAUACUGUUCUGCGAUCUCUUUUCUUUUUUUCCUCUUUUUUAUGAUGAAACAAUCUUUUUUUUAAUGAAAUAGCCGACAAAAUUCCAACGUCAACGGAAACAAAAAGAACAACUGUGCUAUAAUAUACUGUGCAUGAAUAGUUGCUAACUACCUCUACAGCUGACCAGCGCCAUUUUUGUCAUGUAUAGUGCCGUAGUUUUAGUGUGUUGACAGCCUUGAAUGUAGUAGCAAGGAGAACAUGGGGAAGAGGAUAAAAUGUAACCGGUGUGGAGGGCUUACCGGGAAGGAGUUGGUGGGUGGCACUAAGAUGUAAUGGUUGAGGAUUUUAUCUCAGUGCCCAUUUUCUCCUCAUAACCAACCUCAACAUACUGUAGUCUAAAUGGUCGGUUCUAAUAACUAUUGUUUGUUCGACUGCGUGUGACUACUUACAGCAACCAUUCUUAAUAGGUACCGUGCAAAAAAAAAAAAAAAAAAAAAA